AUGCAAAUGCAUAAAGUCCCGAGCCCUGGUUAUGAUAUUUCUGAAAUUCUUGAAAACUGUGGAUCAGUACAAGGACAAAAACCUCAUGUAAAUCAGAGUGAAAAUGCUGAUCAAGAGAUUGACCAAACAACUUUUAUAACUGAUAAUCAAUGUAUCACAGAAUCUCUUAAUGAUUGUGAAAAUAGUGUCUCAUUACAACAAAUGGAGUGUAAUUAUGUUGAUAAAUUGGUUGAUACAGUAAAUGUUAAAAUUGAUAAAUUGAAUUUGAAACUGUUGUACCCUACUGACCGUGGACAUUUUAACGAAGAUAUAUCAGAUUCCCUUAAACGGAGCAUUUUAUUAUUUGGGUCAUGUAAACCUUCAAUCGAAUUUGAGAAAGAUGAUAAAAAUAGAUCUUUUUCAUUGAGUUAUUAUAAUAUGAUUACCAAGACUGGCUUAAAAAUUCCACGUUCUUGGCUAUGUUAUUCUGUAAUUUUAAAUAAAGCUUAUUGUGAAUCAUGUUGGUUAUUUGCAAACAGAAAUAAUUCAAACUAUAGGUCUGAAUGGAUAUCUGGUAUAGGUGAUUGGCAACAUUUAUCAUAUUUAAUAACUCGUCAUGAAAAAUCUUUACAACAUAUUGAAGCCACAACAGUCAAAGGAACCUGGUUAAAAAAUUCUACAAUUGAUAAAAGUAUAGAACAAAAUUUAUCUAAAGAAGCAGAAUAUUGGCGAAAUAUUCUACAUCGCAUCAUAAAAGUUAUUUCAACUCUCACAGCAGGAAACACUGCUUUAAGAGGGAAUGAAGGUAAGAAAGGUGAUAAGUCAGAACAGCUUGAAGGUAAUUUUAUGCGAACAAUUCGUUUAUUAGCUGAUUUUGACCCAUUACUUAAUGAACUUUUAAAUGAUCCUACCAAACAUAUUAAAUAUUUAAGUUGGAAAGUUCAAAAUGAAUUGAUCGAAAUUUUAUCUGAAAUUUAUGUCAUAUUAUAUGUGAAGAAAUAA